CUUGACGUGCACGGCCAAGAACUAGUAAUUAGCGGAGAAUAUGCUCAACAUCAAGACCUUUCUAAACACAAUAUUAUCCGAAAAGAGCGUAAAGCCGGUAAAUUCCGAAGAGGUAUUACGAUUCCACAUGGGUUCAAAACGGAUGAUAUCGAUGCACAAUAUAAAGAUGGUGUAUUAACAGUGAAGAUUCCAAGAAAUCUUGAAUUUAAGCCAAAACGUGUCAAUAUUAAAUAA